CUCUCUCUCUCUCUCUCUCUCGUGUCCACCGCCCUCUAUCUCUCUCUCUCUCUCUCUCCUCUGUAAAAUCUCUUGGUCCGAUGAUGGAUUGGAAUUGGAUGCCCUAAAAACAAAAGGACAACUCAGCUAAAAACAACUGCUACCUCGGCUACAACUACUAAGCCAAGCUCCCCUCUCUCUCUCUCUCUCUCUCUCUCUCUCUCUGGGUGCUGAGUAGUUAUUAUUAUACUUCGCUUGCUUGCCCUUUGAUGGCAGCUACCACCACGACCCAUCUCAAAAUCCAAACCCACCAACCCACUUCCAACACCAAGACCAAGCGGCGCCGAUUCCGCGAAACCACCAUAUCGGCCACGGCCACCGCCGCCGCCGCCACCACAACCGAAUCCCACAGCCACCAACGAAAGCUUGACUCAGCGGCUGUCGUCUCCCCCGACAAUUCCUGGUGCUGCGCGACCUCCAAGCCGCCACCGCCGCCGCAUAUAGCUCCAGACAACGCGGAACCCGUUUCCGGGUCGCCGUCGGAUCUCAAGAUUCGGUACUCACCGACUGCGAGUCCACAGGCGAUGGAGUCAAGCUCCGCUCUCCACGCCUACGCCCACGCCGCCGCCGCAGGGAUUUAUGGCGGCGCCAACGGCGAUUCUUUCCCGUCGUCGUUUAGCAAAUUCAACUCCGUUCUGACGGCCGGGCUUUUGAACCCAAUGUCGCCGCCUCCGUCGGUCGAGAAGACCCGAUCGAGCCCCACCCUGUUCGAGAUGAUGGCGAGCGAGCCCGAUUGCCCGCCCCGAACACAGAUCGCCGCUCCAAAUGUUGCCGUUCCGGCGCCCAAAUCGCAGAUUUCGGCUCAAGACAGGCAAGCGUUGAUGCAACAGCGGCUCUCGUACCUGUUGGCUUGUCGGAGUCCGGGAAGUCAGUUCAACGAUGCCGUUUCCGGUGAUGUCAAGCUCACGUUGAGCUCGAAGGAGGGACUUAGUAUUUUGAUGAAUCUCCAUCAACAGAUCUUGGUCGCUCACAGCCGCUUCUUCGCCAUGAAACUGUCUGAUUUGUGGUCGAGGCCGCAGAGAGCUCCCGGCCCCUACAUUGUGGAGAUUGCUGACUGUGAUGACAUUGAAGUGUACAUCGAAACCCUAAGGCUGAUGUACUGUAAGGAUUUAAGGAGGAGGCUUAUGAAGGAAGAUGUUUCCAGAGUCCUUGGAAUCUUGAAGGUGUCAGCUGCAAUUGGAUUUGAGGCUGGGGUUUUGUCAUGUUUGGAGUACUUAGAGGCUGCUCCAUGGGCUGAGGAUGAAGAGGAGAAGGUGGCUGCUCUGCUUUCGGAGCUUCAGCUUGAAGGGGUUGGAACAGGGGAAGUUCUUAAGAGGGUUUCGGGUGAUGUUCCUGCAGGUAUUGAGGAGCGAAAUGAGAAUGAGGAAGUACUGCUCAGGCUUUUGCAGGUGGUUCUUGAAGGGAAAGAUGAGAAGGCAAGGCGAGAGAUGAAGGGAUUGGUGACCAAAAUGCUCCGUGAAAAUUCCUCUCAAAAUGAAUUGAGGAAAGAGUCAUUAUAUUCUGCUUGUGAUGGUUGCUUGCAAUUGCUUCGCCAACAUUUUCUAAAGGCUGCAGAUGCUGAUUUGCAGGAAGUGGGUCAAAUUGCGCGGCAGGCGGAUAAUUUGCAUUGGAUUCUGGAUAUAUUGAUUGAUAGACAGAUUGCUGAGGAAUUUCUGAAGACAUGGGCAUCUCAAUCUGAGUUGUCUGAUGCACAUUCUAAAGUGCCUGCCAUUCAUAGGUAUGAGGUUAGCCGAGUGACAGCUAGGCUGUUUGUUGGUAUUGGAAAGGGGCAGCUAUUGGCUUCAAAGGAUGCGAGGUGCUUGCUCUUGCGGACUUGGUUGGGUCCAUUUUAUGACGACUUUGGGUGGAUGAGGAGAGCUUCAAAUGGACUUGACAGGCAUUUAAUAGAAGAUGGUCUGAGCAACACUAUUCUGACUCUGCCUCUGUCAUGGCAACAGGAAAUUUUGAUGUCUUGGUUUGACCGGUUUCUGAAUUCCGGUGAUGAUUGUCCAAAUAUACAAAGAGGAUUUGAGAUUUGGUGGAGGAGGGCUUUUUGGAGACGAAAUGGUGGGUCUGAACGACCCCAGCAAAUGCGAAUUACCACUGCAAGUAUUGAGAACUAAUGAAAUUUAGCAAUACCAAGUUGAGGGGGAUAUGCCUUUCUAUGGGUUUAGUUACUUUCAACAUCCUAUUGCCACCCAAUCCCUCUUUACGGGUUAAUGGUGUUUUCCUGUCUUCUUCCUUUCUAUAUUGGCUUCGACAAUUGUUCUGAAAAGAUUUGAGUUCAGGAAAGUUGGUGACUGGUCUCUUUAAUAGACGUUACCUGGUCCAAUCCAGGAGAAGAGGUGUAUAUGUUCCGGUGCAGUUUCCACAUUUUGUUGGGAUUAAUCACGAUGUAGUUCUUCUGUUAAUUUGAUAUAUAAAAUGAGCCGUUUCUUCUA